AUGGGCUGCUGUGGUUGUGGAAGUUGCGGCGGCGGCUGCGGCGGGGGCUGCGGCGGGGGCUGCGGCGGGGGCUGCGGCGGGGGCUGCGGCUGCAACAGCUGCAGAUGCUACCGGGUGGGCUGCUGCACCAGCUGCUGCCCCUGCUGCUACGGCUGCUGCGGGGGCUGCUGCAGCGUCCCCGUGGUCUGCUGCCACCGCCGCACCUGCAGCUGCAACUCGUGUGGCUGCGGCGGUGGGAAGGGCUGUUGCCAGCAGAAGGGCUGCUGCCAGAAGCAGUGCUGCUGCCAGAAGCAGUGCUGCCACUAGAUGGGCUGCUCUUCGGGUGCUGCUGGUACCCAUCCUGUUGGUAAGAUUUCCCGCCUUCUCACCCGUUUUUCCUCUACUUUAUGGUCCUGGACCCUCUUCCUGGCUUUCUUUGGUACCACAAAUCCCUUCAUCUGGAAAGUUUCCCAACUAAAAAGGAAACAUCUAAUGGAAAAAUUCUGUGUGCAGCCCAGUACCUGAGUGAUUGUGCACAUCAGUAAACUCAGCCGAACGAAAUCUUGAUUCCUAAUGUUUGGUUUGGUGGAUGUGAAUACAUCCAGCUGAAUAGCACCAUGCAGCUCCUUCCUUGAUCUACUUUUCCCUGCCUGCAGGCAUGGUUUUCUUUUUUCCCUUUCGUGUUCUUAGUUAUCCCAUAAUGUUGUCCAAAUUUCCUAAUAAAAUAAAAACUAG